UCAUUUUGCUGGCAACAAUCAGAUUCAGGCUAAGGACAGAUUUGUUGCUGUUGUUGCUGAAAGUGAAAAAAGAACUUCCCUAAGAAUUGUUUCCUAACAAAGACUUUAAUAUGUCUUACGCGUACCUAUUUAAAUAUAUAAUUAUUGGAGAUACAGGUGUUGGGAAAUCUUGCCUUUUGCUCCAGUUUACAGAUAAAAGAUUUCAACCAGUCCAUGAUCUAACUAUUGGUGUUGAGUUUGGCGCUCGGAUGAUAACCAUUGAUGGAAAGCAAAUCAAGCUUCAAAUAUGGGAUACAGCAGGCCAGGAAGCUUUUCGUUCAAUUACAAGAUCUUAUUAUAGAGGAGCUGCUGGAGCUCUGCUGGUUUAUGAUAUUACUAGGAGAGACACUUUCAACCACCUUACUACUUGGCUUGAAGAUGCCAGACAACAUUCCAAUUCAAAUAUGGUGAUAAUGUUAAUUGGAAAUAAAAGUGAUUUAGAAUCUCGUAGAGAAGUUAAAAAGGAAGAAGGGGAAGCUUUUGCGAGAGAACAUGGAUUGAUAUUUAUGGAAACAUCAGCUAAGACAGCUGCUAAUGUUGAAGAGGCUUUCAUAAAUACGGCUAAGGAAAUAUAUGAGAAAAUUCAAGAAGGAGUUUUCGACAUCAACAAUGAGGCAAAUGGAAUUAAAAUUGGACCACAACAUUCUCCCACCAACCCUAACAUGCCGAUGAGCGGUCAGGGAUCAAACCAGUCUGGUGGAUGCUGUUGAAAGUGCCCACACUAUCACUUUGUUAUGAACUUUGUAAUGCAUUCACUUUGUCAGUUUGAUGGUUUAAAAAGACAUUUUCCAAUUACCCUCGUUUCUUUUAACCAAACUGAGUUGUGAUUUAUAUAGUGUGUUUCAAAAAUAUUUAAUUAUUUUUCAUCAAUAUUUCAUUUUGAGGAAACUGUACUUAUUCCUCAAUAGUUAAAGAUCAUUAUUAAUAAUAAUCAUAUUUAUUAAUAACAAUUAUCAUUAUUGAUAAUAAUUGCUUGCUAAUACAAAAAAUAUGCAAAGUUCUAUUUAAGAAACAAAAUUUCAUUAAGUUUAGCAAAAUUUUUUAACAAUAGCAAGUAUUUUUCAGGCAUAAAUGCUACUGGAUUUUCAGUAUUUCUUGCAGAUAUUAACUCUCAAAAUGGAUUUAAGAAGAAAAAAAAAAGUACAUAGAAAGCUCUGAUUUUCUGAUCUACUAACUAACUUUUUUUGUAAUUUAUCAAUAAAAAGUUUUAUCCCACUAACUUAAUUUAUUCCUUGUUCAGUUAGGUAUAUUAAAGCUUUUUUUGUUGUUCAGAAAAAGUGUAAUUAAUGGAAUACCAAAUCAUUUUAUUUUAAAUUUUAACAUUACUGUGGAAAACAUAUCCGUUUUAUAUUAUUUCAUUCAGAAAUUCAGCUUCAUGAUUUGAGGAGAGCACCGUCACGGAUAAGCGUCCCUGAAUUUUUUCGAAAGUUUAAUAUUUUAUUAACAUAUAAAAAUCUAUUUGUAUAUACAACAUGAUAUUCCGGUAAAAAAAAAAAAAGUAUUGUUUCACAAAAUAUAAUAUUGAGAAAUGCAUAAAUAGUUUUAGCAUUGUGCUAUUAAUUAUGUAUAUUGAUAUCCUGUUCCUUGAAUUUUUGGUAUUUUAUUAUUAUUUAUUCUUGUAAAUAAAUGAAAAAAAGGAAUAAUAUUUUAAAUUUAACAAUAUCCUUUAAAAACAUUACUGUAAGGUGAUGCUAUUGAUUUCUAUAAAUUUUUAAGCAUUCGGUAAAAUAAAGAACAACUGGUGCCGGUAACCAUUUUUAAAGUGAGUCCUUAAUAUUUAUGUAUUAAAAUUAAUUUCAAAAGUUUUUCUAUUUAAACUACAAUUUUGCUUUAAAAAAUCUCCAUAAUUUGUGCUUUAUAACUUUCUUUUAAUACUUUUAAGUCUUACAAUCUGUUUUUAUCAUACAAUUUUUUUAUUCAUUGAAUAGUUAUAAAAAUUUGGAAAAAUAGUCUUUUCCUUCAAACUGUAUAUUUUGAUAUAUUAUACAUAAAUAAAAUAGUAUUUUAUGUUUAUAAAACUUUUAAAUUAAGAACUUUUUGGUCUAAUCUGUAUAUUAUUUGUCUGUACUAAAAACUAUUUUGUAUUUAAGUAUUUUCAUGUAUUUGUAUGUAUAUCGCCUAGUUCUUUAUGUGAUGCAUUACAAGUGUAUAGCGUAUGUAUUUAAAUAAUCAUUUUGCUUAUCAUUAUGCUCUUAUUAAUAAUUAUUGACUAUUGUAUAUUGUUUGAUUUUUUGCUGAUUAAGUUUCUAAAUUUUUUUUCUAACACAAUAAAAAUCAUUUAUUACUAAAAUGCAUACCAUAUUUAAAUGCAGUAUAAAUUCAUUGCACUUAAAUUUUGUAAUAAAAGUUUCAAUUAAAUGCUCAUCUUUAAUGUAAUAUUUGAAAAACUUUUUUUAUUUAAAUCAAAAUUUUCUGUUAAUAAACUUUUUUUAUAGUCAAAAUAUUUUUUCAACUUCCAUUUUCACAAAAAUUUUGUCUGAAGUAAAAAGAAUAAUAAUCUUUUUUUAAAAGAAAAAGUAAUUUCAAAAGAAGAAAAAUCUCUAAUUUGGAAUUUCAUUACUAAUAAGUGUGUUGAAUUUUAUUUGUUCUACAUUUUUAAGAAAUGAAUUUCUACUUUUAUAACUAUUUGUUUUUUAAAUACUAGUAGAAUCUGAUGUUUAAUAGAAUAAUUUGAUCUCAAGACCAUCUCAGCCCAUUUUUUGAAACCCUUGAUUUAGGUAAAAUUUCACGUUAGGCAUUCAGUUUCUGAACCAACCCACAUUUAAAAUCUGAAUUUUGGUUAGGCAUUUGAAUCUAAUAAAAUUAAUCUAGAAUCUUUGAAUCUAGGUUAAUAAAAUCUUCAACAAAAAAAAAAUAUUAAGUUACAUUACUUGUUUUUAUUUUAUAUGAUUCCAUGUACCCUAUUCAGUUCAAAUUUAUAUAGAAGCAUUCAAUUUUUAUGCAAAUUUUUAAAAUGAAUAAGUGUAAUAAUGUAAAUGUUGUAAAUAGUUUAAUUUAUUUUGUUUGCAAAGAACAACAGUACAUAACGUGUUUUUUGGUUGAGUUGUAUUACAGUUAGAAAAUAAGAAGAAAAAAAAUUUGUGUAUUGUUUUCAAAAUAAUAUCAUAAAAAUAAUACCCAAGUUCAGAUUUUUUUUUAUGCUAAAGAAAAGGCAUUUUUAAUUAAAAUCACAGAAGUGUUUUUAGAGAAUGCUAAAUGGAUGUAAUACUUGAAUAAAAAAGAGAUUAUAAUGGUAGUGUCUAUUUUAUUAAAAUAUCCUAUAAUAAAAAGUUUUAACAAAUAUGUAUGGUUUGUGUACUGUGAAAGUUUAAUUAGCUCUAUAAUUAAUAGUGUAAUACCAAAAAGUGAUCACUUAAUGACAAUAUUAGAUACUUCAUGUAUAUACAGUUCUAAAUUAUUAUUAAUGUGUGCAGCAUAAAAAUUAUUAUCCUAUUUCCAUAGUAUUAUCCAAAUUCUAGAUUCAAUUAUGGUACCCAAAUUUUAUUAAUGCAAAUUUUAAUAAGGUUUUGUGAAAAAUGAUAGAUAAAAUGCCAUAAUUCAUGUUAAGUGUAUGAUGGGAUGUUCCAAAAAAAAGAGAAGUGCUAGAGUUUGCAAAAUAAAAUGCUUCUAGCUGUGUUGCUAAAAAUCUUCAGUAUAUUUCUUUUAUUUAUAUUGGACAAUUUUUUUUUUAACGCAGAAAAUGUUUAAUAAUCCAGACUGUUGUCCAAAUUUCUAUGAAUUAUGGGGUUUCAUUGUACUGAAAAAUGGAUUGAGGUGGUUUUUUUGGAACAAAAUACUUCGUUUUUUUUUUUUUUUCAUUUAGUUUUUUACAAUGUUGAUGUAUCUGACUAGGUAUUAGUUUUAAUUUUGUAACUCUGAAAUACCCUUAUUUUUUAAUAAACUAAUGUAGUGUGUACAUAAUAGGCUAUGCAUACUAUAUAUACAUAUAAAAAAAAUUUUUUUGUAUUACUUUAUCUAGUCAUUUGUGUGAUUAUAAUCUUUCAAUAUGAUAGACACUGUAUGUUAAACUAUACUUGGUUGCAUGCAAGAGUAAAAUAUUCGCAGUUACUUGUGUUGCAUCUGUACGCUCAGCUAAUAAAUGUAUUUCAUUAUUA